AUGGACGCCCUUAGAGAGAAGUUGCAACAUACAAAAUUGCACGACAUCAAAGCCCAAGCGUCACAUCUAAAACACAAAAUUGGAAAGCUCGAAAAUCUCUUCAACCCAAAUCAUCGCCAUGACGAAGCCCACGAACAAGAGGUAGACAUCAAACGCACUGCCAUUGCUGAGUCUCACCGAUUUCAAUCCUUUGCUCCUGAGCGUGACGGAAACAAGGUCAAGUGGUAUGUCGAUGGCUCAGACUAUAUGUGGGCGGUCUCUGUUGCUCUUGAUCGCGCAAAGGAGACUAUCUAUAUCGCCGAUUGGUGGCUGUCACCCGAGUUAUUUCUGCGCAGACCACCGAAUCUCAACCAGGAGUGGAGAUUGGAUCAUGUCCUAAAAAGACGCGCCGAGGCUGGUGUUCAGAUUUAUGUUAUUGUCUACAAAGAGGUUGACCGAGCUUUGACAUGUAAUUCUGCACAUACAAAGCACGCGUUGAGGAACCUGUGUCCUGAGGGAUCGAAAGGCGCGGGCAACAUCCACGUCCUUCGACAUCCCGAUCACAAUAUAUUUGAGAACUUGGGUGAUAUGACCUUUUAUUGGGCCCACCAUGAAAAAUUCGUGGUUAUUGAUUACGAGAUUGCCUUCAUUGGCGGCAUUGAUCUCUGCUUCGGCAGAUGGGAUAACCACCAACACGCACUUGCAGACGUCCAUCCAGCUGGUAUAGAGAAUGAGAUCUUUCCAGGCCAAGAUUUCAACAACAAUCGUAUCAUGGACUUCCAAAGCGUCGAAGACUGGCAAACUAACGAGCUCAACAAAACUGAUUUCGGUCGUAUGCCCUGGCACGACGUCGCCAUGGGUUUGAUUGGUGACUGUGUCUAUGACAUAGCCGAGCAUUUUGUGCUCAGAUGGAAUUGCGUGAAGAGGGACAAGUAUAAACGUGACACAAAGGUGGAUUACCUUUUGAUUGAGGGUCGCACUGGCGAGGACGAGGGUCUUAUUGCCGUUCAGCGUCCGAAGUUCCCCUGCGGAGAAUAUAUUCAGCAUCCUUUGAGACCAUUGAGCACAAAACCCCGCGGCGAGCAGGGUACAGUUCAUGCCCAGGUUGUAAGGAGUAGCGGAGACUGGUCCUCGGGAAUCUUGACAGAACAUAGCAUACAGAAUGCAUAUUCGGAGAUUAUCAGUAAAGCAGAACACUAUGUCUACAUAGAAAACCAGUUCUUCGUGACAGCGACUGGAGACCAGCAACAUCCUGUUCAGAACACAAUAGGCCGUGCCAUUGUUGAAGCCGUGGUUCGUGCCGGAAAAGAAGGUCGUAAGUUUCGAGUGAUCAUCAUCAUUCCAUGCAUUCCUGGGUUUGCAGGAGAUUUGCGCGAGAACGCUGCCGCAGGUACUCGUGCCAUUAUGGACUACCAGUACAAGUCAAUUACAAGGGGAGAGAAUUCGAUAUUCGAACAGGUCAGAGCACAAGGUGUUGACCCAACAGAACAUAUAUUCUUCUUCAAUCUUCGCUCCUACGACCGCAUAAACAAAACUAAAGAACUAGUCGAGCAAGAAGAGAAAUCCGGCGUACAUUACCAAGACAUUCAGCGGGCAAAUGCAGAACAAAUCAUGGGUGAAAGCGUACACCCAGACGUUGGCGAAGAAGGCGUUUUGCACGAACACAGCUACCAUAUCAGAAGAGAGCGGGAGAAGAAAAUUGACAGCGUACGAAAAUUUGAGGAACAACGCAAAAAGACAUGUGACGGAGAUCGGGAAAUCAAGAGCAAUGACAGUAUCGCGCAAAACGCGUUGCUCAAGCAACGGAAAGUCAGCGAGGAGUACUGGGAAGAUGAUGACCCGGAGAAAGAGAAAGAGAACUUUGUCCAAGAGGAGCUGUACGUUCAUGACAAACUCUGCAUUGUUGAUGACCGGAUUAUUAUCUGUGGUAGUGCCAAUAUCAAUGACCGGUCUCAACUUGGUGAUAGAGAUAGUGAGCUCGCCAUCGUCCUCGAAGAUACCGACAUGAUUGACAGCACCAUGAACGGCAAGCCAUACCGUGCUGCUCGUCUCGCAGCAACUCUCCGCCGUCACUUAUGGCGCGAGCAUCUAGGGCUUCUCCUUCCCCAAGAAUUUGACUCAAGCAACAAUCCCAAUGCCCAACCACCAGGAGACUGUCCCAACAGCAACGGCGAAGGUCCCGAGUAUGAAUUCGUCGCCGACCCUCUAGGCGAAGAGUUGUGGGAAGCAUGGACAUCACAAGCCACCACAAACACGGAAGUAUAUAGAUUCCUUUUCCGUGCCGAUCCUGACGACAAUAUCAAGACUUUUGAAGAAUACGACCAGUUUGCGCCUAAAAAGUCGAUUAAACAGGGUCAUUUGCAUGAUCCAUUUUUGCCGGUCAGCGUUGUGCGUGAAAAUUUGGAUAAGAUCAAGGGGCAUCUUGUUUGGAUGCCACUUGAUUUCUUGAAGGAUGCUGAGAUGUCUGAGCCAGGGUUGUCGGUGAAUCAGGUCACUGUUAGUAUCUAUACAUAA